AUGGCCACAAGACCUUUUGCCGUCAUCGCUGGCGUUGGCCCAGGGACAGGCGCAAGCAUUGCCCGCAAGUUUGCCCAAGCAUACUCUGUCGUUGUGCUGGCCCGCAACCCAUCCAACUACCACGGGGUCGUGGACGAGAUCAACUCCUCCGGAGGCCAAGCACUGGGCAUCAGCGCCGACGUAUCGGACAGUGCCAGCGUGCAGAGCGCAUUCGAGAAGAUCUCACAGCAGUAUAAGGACACGCCUCUGGCAGCAGCAGUGUUCAACUCUGGCGGGGGAUUUGUUCGGAAGCCGUUCUUGGAGUUGACGGAGGAGGAGUUUGCGGGUGGGUUCAAAAGUCAAGGAAUUGGCGCAUUCAACUUCGCGAAAGCGACCCUUCCCCUCCUCCAGAAGGCUACAGGUCUCCAGCACCCGCCAACUUUAAUCUUUACCGGCGCAACCGCUUCCGUAAAAGGAUCGGCAAACUUCUCGGCCUUUGCAACAGGUAAAUUUGCCCUGCGUGCGCUGGCGCAGUCUUUGGCCCGGGAAUUCGGGCCCAAGGGAGUGCACGUUUCACAUGUCAUCAUCGACGGGGUGAUUGAUAUUCCCCGCACAAAGGGCUGGGCAAAUGAACAUGAAGAUGGAAAACUCGAUCCUGGGGCUAUUGCGGACGCGUACUGGCAUUUGCACACGCAACCGCGCACAACGUUCGGUUUUGAGCUGGAUUUGAGGCCUUACGUUGAGAAGUGGUAG